GUCAAAAAUCAAUAACAAAUCACAUUUUCUGUCCCGAAUAAUAUUCAUUAUCAGUACCCAUAUAUUCAUCCUGGCCGGCGGCGACAUGGCUAUGCAGGGGUUUCACGAAGGCGACGACGACGACGUGUUGCUGUGGUCGGAGGAGGGACAGCCGGAGGAGACGAGCGGCGGGGGGCUGUGCGUGCCGCAGGAUCGCCUGGACGAUUUGAACUUCUUCCCGGACUUCCAAGACGACUUCAUCUCCGUUGCGAAUCUGCUCUCUUCCCCGGAACAGAGCGAGGUUCUCGACCACGACGGCGACGAGGACAGCCGGGAGAGUUUCACGGCCAGCUCCGGAGAAGGGCGGAAGAGGGCGGCUUGGAUGGACGGCUGGGAUUGCGAGACGGCGGCUGCUAAUCGGGCGGUAAAGCGGGCCCGGGCGAAACGGGACGAGGAAGAGAAGAAGAAUAAGAAGUGCAGCCACUGUGACGCGGAGGAGACGCCGCAGUGGAGGAGGGGUCCGAUGGGGCCCAACACGCUGUGCAACGCUUGCGGGGUGAGGUACAAGUCGGGGAGGCUGGUGCCGGAGUAUCGGCCGUUCGCCAGCCCCACUUUCGACAGCUCCAAGCACUCUAAUUUUCAUAGAAGGAUUGUACACAAAGUGCAACAUCAUCAUCACUAGUUUACAAUUUCUUUCCUCGCUCAUUAAAAUAUAUUCACUUUAGCUAUAGUUCUUUUUUUUUGAUACGUCAUUAUUCUUUAUUGAUCCUUUUUGUCUCUCUUUUUGGGAUCAAUUAUUAUUCUUUAUUCAUUUUGAUUUGUGCUUAAUUGGUUUAUUAAUAAUGUAACGUUUGAUGAAUAAAUUGCCUUUUGAAUG